GGAAGUGGGUUGUGGUAACCCGGAAGGGGUGUCCUUCCCUGGCGUGUAUUGUUGUUUUCAAGCUGCUCCGGCUACUGCGACUAAGGGAACCGUCGCGGAAGGAUGGUGUGCGAAAAAUGUGAAAAGAAACUUGGUACUGUUAUCACUCCAGAUACAUGGAAAGAUGGUGCAAGGAAUACCACAGAAAGUGGUGGAAGAAAACUGAAUGAAAAUAAAGCUUUGACCUCAAAAAAAGCAAGAUUCGAUCCAUAUGGGAAGAAUAAGUUCUCCACUUGCAGAAUUUGCAAAAGUUCUGUGCACCAACCGGGUUCUAAUUACUGCCAGGGCUGUGCGUACAAAAAGGGCAUCUGUGCAAUGUGUGGGAAAAAGGUGUUGGAUACCAAAAACUACAAGCAAACGUCUGUCUAGAUAUAUUGAUGAAGAUUCUGUCUUUCUGUAUGAUUUUGCUUUCUGCUUUAAAUUUUCAAGGCAUAUCAUAAAUGCUCAAGUUACAAAAUAACAUGUUUUAAGACUAUUAAGUUUAAACCAAGGAAGUUGAUUCAUUCUUUUGCUCUCUAGAAGUUCUGAAUAGCAACAAUGGAACUAAUCUGCCUUACAAGCAUCUUAUUGAACUAGAAUAAGAGGCAAAUUUAACAACAACAAAAUAUUGUCCCAGUUCUGUAGCACUUUUUAUUUAACAAUAUUCAUAUAAUUCUUAUUAUCCUCUUACUCUACCUUAUACUUACAUAUAUUGUGAAAGUGAAAAGGGGAUUAUUGAUAUUUUCUCAGAACUUGGCAUUCAGAUUUGUAAUUUCCCCCUCAUUCCCUUGUUGGUUGCCUAGUUCUUAGAAUCAGCAGUCCCUUAAUUAAUUGCAGCUUCACAGGGUAUUUAAUUAUCUGAGACCACAAUUGCUGAAUGGUUCCUUGGAAAUUAGCCAAGACCCAAAUCAAACGCAAGUUCUAUUUAUGAUUUUAAAAAGUUUGUUCUUGAAGUCAUAGUGCUAGUACCUUUUAUAUGAGAAUAAGAACAUAAGGGGUACUCCAUAUAUAUCCAAAUGAAUACACUGGAUUUCAGAAAAUACAUGUUACACACAUAACCUGGAAUUUACACUAUUAUGAAAGCCAGAAGAACAGUGUUCAUUAUGAUGAUAUAUAAUAGAAAUGAAUCACUAUUCUUUGGGAAAGUUUUUGAAGCAAAAAUGAAACUUCUUUAACCCUCCCCCCCAAAAAAAAAUAAAACAAAGCAAAUAUUUUGAUUCCCAAUAUAUAUAUCUUCAAAGAAAGAUUUUUUUUAAUGCUACUUUCAGAGGUUUAGGACUUCGGCUUUGGAAAUCUGCAGCCUGCUAGGGGAGACCAAAAAAGUAUUCCCUAUUGCAAAGUAUAGUAUGUGUAAAUACUUAUAACUAUAAAAUGUGUAGAAUAGAUAACAUGAUAUACAUAGUAUAGAUAUUGCAUUUUUAUUUUUAAAUUAUUAUGCAAAAUAAAGUUUUAACUGUUUAAGUUUUAAAA